AUGACAGAGGCAGUAGAAGGUAAAAGUGAAGAAACCUCUAAUCUAACAAGAGAGGUAAGAAAAUUAUCUGUAGACGACGGUAGAGCUAUCCCCCAAAGUAAAAUAAAAUCCAUAGAAUCUGAAAAAGUGCAAGGUUUAAUAAAAGAACUGUCUAUGCCUCGUGAACCAAUUGAUGAUAAUGAUAGAGAAAAUAAAACCAGGGAAUUAAAACCAAAAACUUUACUCCAAUGUUGGUACCUGUUUGCUGAAAAAUUUGAAGAAAAGGUUAAAGAAAUUAAAAAUGAUAAUAGUAGAUUUAAUAAUCAACAAGCUAGAGGGUUAGUUUAUGGCGAAAUCACAACGAAUAUUCCAGGAUUCACAAGAGAAAGCUUACGUAAAAAAACAGCAAAAACUAAAAAUAUUUAUAAGUUGUUUGGUGAAAGUUCCCUGAAACCAAAACAGUAG